UCGCGACCUCAUCCGUUUUUAAAUCAGUACAGAAACUUGUUCAUCGGCCAUUUCGACCGAGCCGGCAGACCAGCCCAGAGUCGAGGCGGAGGAUUUUUUUUGCCCUGUUCCGACUUGAUCUGAAAUCACCCAAACAUGUCUGGAGACUCCGUGGCCAUGUCCUUUGCCAAGGACUUCUUGGCUGGUGGUAUUUCUGCUGCUGUCUCUAAAACAGCUGUUGCUCCCAUCGAGAGAGUGAAGCUGCUUCUUCAGGUGCAACAUGCCAGCAAACAGAUCACCGCCGACAAGCACUACAAGGGCAUCAUGGACUGUGUCACCCGUAUCCCCAAGGAGCAGGGCUUCCUUUCCUUCUGGAGAGGUAACCUGGCCAACGUGAUCAGAUACUUCCCCACCCAGGCCCUCAACUUUGCCUUCAAGGACAAGUACAAGAAGAUCUUCCUGGACGGCGUCGACAAGCGCACCCAGUUCUGGAGAUACUUUGCUGGUAACUUGGCCUCCGGUGGUGCCGCUGGAGCCACCUCCCUCUGCUUCGUGUACCCCCUCGACUUCGCCAGAACCCGUCUUGCCGCUGAUGUCGGUAAGGCCGGAGCUGAGAGGGAGUUCAGCGGCCUGGGCAACUGCCUGGUGAAGAUCUCCAAGUCCGACGGCAUCAAGGGUCUGUACCAGGGCUUCGGCGUGUCUGUGCAGGGUAUCAUCAUCUACAGAGCGGCCUACUUCGGCAUCUACGACACCGCCAAGGGUAUGCUGCCCGACCCCAAGAACACCCACAUCUUGGUCAGCUGGGCCAUCGCUCAGACUGUAACCGCCGUCGCCGGUCUUACGUCCUACCCCUUCGACACUGUCCGUCGUCGUAUGAUGAUGCAGUCUGGACGUAAAGGAGCUGAAAUCAUGUACACUGGCACAAUGGACUGCUGGAGGAAGAUCGCACGUGAUGAGGGUAGCAAGGCCUUCUUCAAGGGUGCUUGGUCCAACGUUCUCCGAGGCAUGGGCGGUGCCUUCGUGCUGGUCCUGUACGACGAGCUGAAGAAGCUCUUGUAAAAUCCUUUUCUAUGUCCACCAUAAAUGUUGUGAGGUGUCUGUAACAUAUCUUGUACAUUUGGAAGGACUGUCAAAUUCCGCCUUAUUUAUAGGGACCAGCUAGUAUGUCAGUACUAGUUGUACUGGGGGAAUUGGUUUUGAUCUUUCGCUUUGGCCCCAUUUUUUUUUCUCUCUCGUCCUGUUUUCUUUUCUGUUUUGUUCCCCUAAUCGCAUUGUCAUUCCCAGGAUUUAAGCAACCACGCCGGGUACUGAAACCUGUCAUCCAGCCGGUCUGUUUUUAGUCAUCACUUUAAUAAAGACAACCUACUGAACCUA